AGCGCACACACACUCAGCCUGUCCUUAAACUCCAAACACAUACCUUGUCCUGUAAACAUAUCCACCAUGCAAGAGGAGAUGCUGUCAGGAUUUCAACAGGCAGGGACAGAAGUUUGAAACCCUAUAAGCAGAAGGGGAAUCAUCAUAUAUCUAAGAGGCACCUGGAUUCAUACAAGCACACUUUACAUGCUGCUUAAGAUUAUAAAGUUGCAAUCUGCUAGUCCCGGACCUGCCUAAUGGACUAUGCCAAAGGAUGAGGAAAUUCCGUGCCCGCCUCCAGGGUAUCCUGACUCAUGCAAGUGAUGUAGACACUCAGGAAAAACCUGGAACUGGGCUCACUGUGAUGAUGAAGUUUUAGUAGUAAAUCGUGACGACCACACAGACUCCAUCUGACAAACCCAACACAGCCCAGCCAAGCCUAACCCAGCUUAGCCGGGAGGUUCUCUGAAUACAUGGAUGUACGAGGCACAGGGGGAGCACAAUCUGUCGUUCCCAAUCCUGGCUCCCAGCACAAAAUGAGAGAUUUUCCCUCCCCACCUUUUCCCUGAGGUCAACCCAACACAACGCCACCCUGAUAAGUCCGACUUAGCCGGGCCCUCGAGUUUCAAUGCUCCACACCGCUCUAAGAUGAAGUUAUGGAAAGGGGCCAUUCUCGCCUUCAUCCUCAUUAGCACUGCUGUCUUACUCCGGCUUAACAAAACCAUGCUGCCUCCUGGGUCCAUCAAGCCCCGGGCUUCGGAACCGUCCACGCAUCCUUCGUCAGCAGGACUACCACCACCACCAUCAGCACCACCGUCAUCAUCAUCAUCAUCCUUACACAGGGAGAAGGGUCUUCGGCGGGUGGUCAGAUCAACAGACGGCAUGGGCUCUCUCCUAUCAGAGUUUUCCUACUUGUUCCAGAGCUUCACAGAGGGCGAGCUACAGAGGGUGAUCAGGAUGCUGGUGGACAGGAAGACCAAGAGGUUAGGCGCGGUCGUGGUGAGUGGACGGGGCAGGAGGACCAAGAGGGCAAGGAGGGGCCCAAACCCGUGCAAGUUGCACCAGAAGCAGCUGAGGGUGAGUGACCUUGGCCUGGGCUAUGACAGCAACGAGAUUGUGCUCUUCCGCUACUGCAGUGGUAAGUGCACCAGCCGCCGCCGCAACUAUGACAUGGUACUGGAGCACAUGCGCCUCAAUGAGCCGCAGAACCAGAAGGGCAAGGCCCGGAGCACAGAAAGCGCCAAGAGGGACCGUGCACGCUAUAGCCCCUGCUGCAGACCCACCAAGUAUGAGGAGGAUAUGGUGUUCUUCGACAACAAUGAAAGGUUCUCCAUCAUUCAGAAUGUGUCAGCCAGUGAGUGCAGGUGUGUUUGAUGCUGCAGGAAACGGAGAAACAGAGGAUGCAGGCAGUUACGGUGGAAGCUUCAGAGAGCGAGGUGGUGAAAGAGGUCACAGUAACGUGGAAUGUUCCAAAUGCUCUGAACAAGCUCACUGUAGCGACACAGAUUGUGAAGCUCUGUGAAGCUUCACAGAGGCUGCAGUCAACUCCAUGGUAACAAAGGAGUAUUCAGAGUAACUACAGUCAACUCCAUGGUAACAGUGCUGUAAUGCUGUAACCAUGAAAGUGUACAUGAAGAUGAACUCUGUGUACGUCAUAAUGAAAACCACAGAAGCCAUAGCAGGCAGGAAGGCUAUGUCUGACAUUCAGGCAGUAGAGAUGCUUUGCAGACAGCUGGAAUUUUUGGACACUUGUUUUGUCUGGUCCACUUGCUUCAUGGGUCACUUCAGAACGUGCUUUCAAGAGAUCUUAAGAGAAAAACAUAAUUUCUACAAUGUGAUGAGACCUGUAGUACAUGCUUUCAGUGCUGAGACACUACCCUUGCCUUCCACUGAACAUGAAACUGAUGCUGAGUGAAGACUACAUCCUUGAAAUUCAGGAUAACCUCACGUCAGUCAUUUUAACACGGACAGAGAUUUUACACUUGUGAAGAAGUGUACCGAAUUGUCUUUUGUCACAAAUGCUAUGAGAAUACUGAAGUCUGAUGUUAAACAAAGCUACCUCAUUUACUUUGGGUUAGAGAUAUAUACAUGCAAUGAAUCUAGCUGCGCUACACCCACUCUCCAGGGGUCGACUAUUCACUGAUAGAAAUCAGUGAAACAGACAUAAUCACACACAGAGAUACACACACACUUAAACUCCUGUGUGUCUUCUCAGGUCAGAUACUGUACACAACAUCCUGCAUUGUCACUUGAAGAAAACAAGCAUUAAAUCACAUGCUCUGUUUUUAUUUUCUUUUUAAAGCCUUUUCAAAACCGUUUUGGGUCUCACAAGACCCAAACCCUCUCUAUAAGAAACCACUUCAGCCCAAAUCUGGAUGCAACAAAAAAGAAAAUAUACUUCAUGUGGUCGCCUUUAACAAAGUGGAGCAUACUAUAUACACUCAUGCGCAACAGUUUGGCUCCACCAUGACAUGAUUUGUCAAUUGUAAAAGUAAGUUAACAUAUCAUCUACAGAGAACACACA